UGCAUGUAUCAGAAAAGGUGGGGAAGCAAACGCUACUUUCAAAACUUCCAUAAUUGCAUAACUGGCUAGAACUUGCAAUACCAAAAUUUCGUUGGCCAAUCCUCUUGUCUCCAUGAGUUGGGCUUUGGCCCAACUUAGCUUGCAUCAAGGACGUACGUCUGACGGAUUUAUGCGAUGUGUGGGAGUUUGAAGGAUCGAGUUUAGAAUCAUAUCGGAUAUUCAAAGGGCAAGCUUGUAUGAUUUCGUUAUCGAUCAUCAAAAUAAAGUUUGUCUUGUUUGACUGGUUUCGCCAGUCCAAGGGGUUUCAGGCUUGUAGCUGCGCAAAAUCAACAAGGUGGGUAAAUCAAAAGCCAGAUUGGUCAUCCGGUAUUAGUCUGUGGAAACUCAAGCUCCCCUCUCAUGGAGUUUUUACCUCAUUGUAUGCUGCCUCAGUCUCCAUUUCGUUUUUAAUUAUGUGUUUCAUUUCGUGGUUUGAAUAUGCAUUUCCUGAAGUUGUUUUGCUUGGAAAGAGGAACUUGCAUCAAAUUAAUCUAAUUAUUAUUGGUAUAUCUUACUUGCUGUUUGCAGCCAGUUGCUGCAGUACUUGGAUUUGCUGGAUUAGCUACUUUUAUCCAUUCUAGUGACAAGAGGAGCCAUUU